AUGAUAAAAAUAAAUCAACCAUAUUUUAUUUUAAAUUUAAGCCCAUGACCAAUCUUAAUAGCAUUAAAUACAUUUAAUUUAAUAAUUUCAAAUAUUAUAACUAUAAAUUUUAAAUUUAAUUUAAUUUUAUUAAUUAAUUUUUUAAUAAUUAUUUUAAUUUCUAUAUUAUGAUGACGAGAUGUAAUUCGAGAAAGAACUUUUCAAGGAAAUCAUAAUUUUUUCAUUAUAAAUCUAAUUAAAUUUAGAAUAAUCUUAUUUAUUAUUUCUGAAAUAUUUCUAUUUAUUUCAUUUUUCUGAAACUUUCUACAUAAUUCUUUAGCUCCUUCAAUUGAAUUAGGAUUAAAUUGACCCCCAAAAAAUAUUAGAUUCUUUAACCCUCUCCUAAUUCCAUUAUUAAAUACAAUUAUCUUAUUAACAUCAAGAUUUACUGUUACUUUAACUCAUUUCUACUUACUAAAUAAUUUAAAAAAAAAAACAAUUAUUUUUAUAAAUUUAACAAUUAUUUUAAGUAUUUAUUUUUUAAUACUUCAAAUAUUAGAAUAUAAUCAAGCAACAUUUACAUUUUCAGACUCAAUUUUUGGAUCAUCAUUUUAUAUAGCAACUGGAUUUCAUGGAUUACACGUAAUUAUUGGAACAAUUUUUCUUAUAAUCAAUUUAAUACGAAUAUUAAAAUUACAUUUUUCUUUUAUCCAUCAUAUUAGAUUUGAAUUAGCCGCAUGAUAUUGACACUUUAUUGAUAUUAUUUGAUUAUUUUUAUAUAUAACAUUCUAUUGAUGAAAUAAUUAA